UCUCAUUGGCUGGACCGCCAUGAUGAACGCGUGACGUCACAGGCCGUGUGUGUGAGGGGCAGAGAUGAGAGUGUGUGUGUUUAUGUGUGUUUAUGUGUGUGUGUGAUAAUAAUAAAAACACACUAAACAGGUAGAAUAACUAGAAUAAGUUAAAGAGGAUAAAAGUAUAAAAAAAAAAAACCAAACCAAAAAAAAAAAAAAAAAAAACGGAACAUUCUCGCGCAAACUUGCUUUGUGAGAGUCGUCCUGCGCGCGGACGGAGAGCUCGAGGUGGGAGAGCGAAGCGCGAGAGGAGCCUGUGAAUCACGCGCCAUUGUGUGUAUGCGUGCGUGUGAUUACACACACCGUGCACGCGCUUCUCACUCGCACGUGCACGCUCCCGGGGUCGUUCCUCUCUCCUCCCGGUCGCGAGCUCUCACCGGCUCUCGGCCUCCAUUUCACGUUCCGACGGGACUCUCAACGCGCGAGGGCCCCGCGUUCCCACGACGACGACGACACGACGACGGCCGCGAGGAGCAACAGUUUGGAGUUUUCACCCAACGGACGCUGACGUCACGACCCACGAGGCCGAGAGGAAGAAACGAGAGGAAGGAAAAAAAAAAAGGUAUCAAAUGAAGUGGGACUGCCGUUGGUGAUGCCCGCCACCGACUCUGAACCCACAUCAAUGGAGGACCCCCACGCAUCGGAGGAUGGGGAGGGGAGCUUGACUGACAUUCCCUCCUCCGCUCGUCCUACGACCGUCCCUUCCUCAGCUCCUCCUGACCCGACCACUACGAGACCGAAUCACUUCCAGAGCGAGGCAACGAUUGAGAAAAAAGCAGUCUCCGUGGCGGUUAACGAUUGCAGCUUGGCUUGCUCUUCGCCCGCCGAAGCUAGCCCAGCCAAACCCGCCGCAACGUCGCCUACAGAAGGGAUCGAUGAAACGAGCCCAGCUACCUCACACAUAGCGUCCGCGUCAGACUCCCUAACAUGCACGGGGACGAGCGCUGUCGGCGCGUCAGAACCGCCGUUGUCCGUGUUUCCAUCCACCACGUACGGCAGUCAGGACCUGAAAAAUGACUUUCCCGCAGUUCUGACCUUCAAAGGCGUCAGCGUCACUCUGGAGAACAACAGCGUGUGGAAGCAGUUCAACGGCUGCGGGACGGAGAUGAUUCUCACCAAACCGGGGCGCCGCAUGUUCCCGUACUGCCGGUACCGCCUGUCCGGCCUGGAACCCGAUCGGCAGUACAGUUUGGUCCUUUCCAUCGUUCCCUCGGACCAGUACAGGUACCGCUGGAGCUCAACCAAAUGGGAGGUCACAGGAAUAGCAGAGAACCAGGGCCAGGGUCUGAUCCGGGCGUUUUCCCACCAUUACUCACCUAGUCUGGGCUCGGAGUGGAUGAGCACCUUGGUGUCCUUCUACAAGCUCAAACUGAGCAAUCAUCCUCAAUUGAUAAUCAAUAAUAAUAUAAUCCUACACUCCAUGCAUCGCUACAUUCCUAGGCUCCACGUGAUACCUGUCCCGGAGGGGGACGCACCCUCACCCGCCCAGCCCGUUGUCAUGGGACCAGAGAGCAUGACUUUUACCUUUCCGCAGACUGAGUUCAUGGCUGUGACGACCUAUCAGAACUUUCGGAUCACCCAGCUGAAAAUAAAACACAAUCCGUUUGCAAAAGGCUUCAGGGAGGACGGGAACAACACCCGCCUGACCCGGGUCACUACUGAGGCUCAACCUGUGGUGAUGACAGACACUCAGCCUUCUGUUUUCACACCUGCUGAACCCAGUGAGAACAAGGAGGAGGUUGUGGAUCUGAGCAUAAAACCCCCCACCGUCUCUGCUUCUCCCUCAAAUGAGCAACAGACCAGACCGGUCCUGAAGCCCUUCAUGUCUACCUCCUCCAACAAAGAUGACCCUUAUGUCCCCUGUUUAAGAGGCAAGCAUUCCCUCGGUGGGCUUGUGCUCGUCCAAAAACGUCCGCUUGUUGAACCAAAGGAAGAGCCCCAUGCUGCAAGAGCCGCCACUCCCGCUACCUCAACGCCGGCCCCGGGAUCCUCGCCCGGGUCCAACAAGAGGAAGAAGAGGACCAAUAGACGUUGGGCCAAUUCUCGGGGAAGAGAGUUGAAAGCUGUGGCUGCCUCCCCCACGGUAUUCCACAGCCCGUCAUUGACUGUCGCUAUGCAACCAGAGCUGGAUGAUGUAGAGGGCCUGCUGUUUGUGUCGUUUUCCUCAAAGGAAGCUCUUGAGGUUCACGUCGGGGACAAGGCAGCCAAACGCACGCCAUCAGAAUCUCCAGUUUCCCUGAUUACGCCGAUGCAAUGGAAGGACAAAGUGGAGCUGAUUCCAGAGACGGAUGAGGAGAAGAUAGCCUGCUUGGAGGCCAUCCUGCAGGAGGACCUCAGGGUUCUCAAACACAGACAGGUCAUCCAUCCUGUGCUGCAGGAGGUGGGCAUGAAGUUGAGCUCCUUGGACCCAAUGAAGUCCAUCGACCUGCAGUAUCUCGGGGUUCAUCUGCCACUUCCUCCCCCAAACCUGCCAGAAAAAAGCGAGUCCGUGGCUCUGUACCCUGGUGAUAAAGGACCAUCCUUCAUCUCCCGGACAGGAAAGACAAGUGACAUGACAAAAAUAAAGGGAUGGAGAAACAAGUUCAUUAAAAAGAAAGAAACGUCUUCUUCUAAAUGUGCCGAUGAUGGAUUCAAGUGUCCUCGUGCGUCCUCUCCUAAAGGAUCACAGAAGAACCUAUCAGCAUUCUGCAGCAACAUGUUGGAUGAGUACUUGGAGAGUGAAGCUCAGUACAUCAGUGAACGCGCCGCUGCCUUCACCACAAACUCUGACUUUGUGGCGUAUCAGCUGCCUGUCAAAGGCUCCAGCUACGUAAAGACCCUGGACAGCGUACUCAAGAAUCGAAAAGCUGCUUCCAGAUCCUCCAUGGGGGCCAACAGACCCUGCCCGCUCUCCCACAAACCCCUCCUCUACUCUGCUCUGGCGGCACCUGCUCCUCCUCUGGCCACCCCCGAGACCCCGUUAAGGCCGGAGUCCAGACCACACAGCAGCCGGCGUCUUCACACACACAGCCAGUAGCAGAGAGAUUGUCCACAUACCUCCCGGGGCUCGUCCAGAAACCAGCGGCGAGCUCGGCGCAGAGCCACGUAGCGUCAUACAGAGCUUCAGGCCUCA